GAGCCUGAACAUUGCGCGUCGUCCAGUGAACUUUUUUGUCCGUUGACUCGUUGUUUGGCUUCGGGCUGUCCAUACCAGAAGAUAUUGGCUUCAGGACAUCCAUCUCAUCUUCCUCCUCUUCAGCUACCAUUGUGACAUCUGUGGCCAUGUGAUCAGCUGACGACUCCGAAGGAGGGCGGCAGGUCUGGGAGAUCGGGCGAUUGAAACUCAUGAAGUUUUCGUCCAAUUUUUCAUCGUCAUCGUCGGCAUCUUCUGGAAAACUGGGACUCGACUUGUCAGGACUCUUACAAGAGUAAUCUUCCAUGACCUGCAUUCGUGCUUAGUUUGUCGCACAGUUUUAGUGGAACUAAAACAUAGAAUAGGAAAAAGAUGGAGAUACCGAAAGUGACCUCAGCGUCUAAAUAAUUAUCGAAAGAAGUAAGAAAAGAGCGACGGACGUACCACAACUUCACGCCCCGGAGCCCGUCAAAAAAAUAAAGAAAGUCCGACUGCCCUCCCCCGAACCAAGCUGUUGAAGUAGUAAAACAAAAAUGGAAAGAAUAAUUGUUCUUGAAGCUUUAAAUAAAGUCACGGGUUUCAGUGUGCCCGCCAAAGUGUACUUUCUUUUAAAUUGUGGAAUACCCUAUGCCCUUCUUUCUACCUGGGUAAUGGUCCGCACAGGUUCGGAUGAUGUACAAAUUAACGGAAGCGAAUGUGGGUCAUUUUAUAGUGCCACUAAGGCUUUUACCUCUAAGCCCCCUGUCAGUAUAUGAAAAAGCAACUGAAUUAAUUUCCGCAGCAUUACUUUUGAAAAUUUCGAAGUCAUCGGUUUAUGUGGGCCAGUCAUACUGCCGCACUGACGCAAACUCGACUAUAUCAGUCAGUCCGUAUGAGGGAAAUAGGCUUACACAUUUGAACUCCCUUUUUAUACAUAAAAAAUCGAGAAGAUAAGCAAAAAUGUAGAGAAACUGCAACAUUAAGUGAAUGCAGACAUUUAUUUACAUAGCCCACUGGUUUUAGUGUUACGAAGUCACAUAGUCCGCUUGAUGCUGCAGCAUGUGUCUGUCAAGCCGACAUUUAAAUGUCUCCACAGAUUGAGACAUAACAGUCGUCUCGGGCAGGUUAUUACAUUGUUCUACGACACGCUUGGAGAAGAAAUACUUUCUUAAUCCAAUCUUCUUAUGGACAUACGUAGUUUGAAGGGAUGUCCCGGAGGUUAGUUAUAAUGUGCGUUGGAAAAAGUCACCACACCGGAGGGCGCAGUCUAAGUCACGCACAAUGCGGAAAGUUUGUAUUAAGUCUCCGCACAACUGCCUAUAACUCAGAGGAUGGCGGUUAAGGUUGUUUAGGCGGAUCUCGUAAGGCAGUACACCUUGACCUCUUAUUAAUUUUUUUGCCCGCCUCUGCACACUUUCGAGUAGAUUGUAAUCCUGCUGAGUCCACGGUCUCCUGGCCUGAAUUGCAUAUUCGAGAUGCAGCCUUACAAACGUGUCGAAGACUUUGGAGAAGCAGUGUUUAUCGAAAACUGCGAAUGCGCGCUUGAUGGCGCUCAGCAACAAGCAUCUACCUUUUAAUUUAAAUGUUUCAACAGUUUUUUAGAUGACCGCCGCGUUAGAAAGUUUAGCCCUCCGCGAGAAGGCCUUACGUCAGUCGUCCGUAUGGACCAGCUUCUUCUGAAGUUUGGAGGAAUGACCAGGCAGACGACCCGUCCUGGCCAAUUCGAAGAUGUCAUCAAAUUAUAAGGCGCACUCAUAGCCUCUAACGGUCUGCUAGGUUUGAAGCCGCCAGGCAGUUGCCUGCUGUUGAGAAGAAAAAAAUUAUGUUCAGCCAGUCUGCUUACUUAAGGCAGAUGACCAAGAUUCUUGAACAUCUUCAAAACGCCCUUCCACAUUAAUUCCAGAAGUUUAUAAUCCUUUUCAAACCACGAGCGCCAGGCCUGGGCGGCAUAGUCUAAGUGAGACCGAACGAAUGCUCCGUGGAUUUUUGAAACAGUUCUUUUUCAGUCUGCACAAAUCCUCGUCUCAGCGCAAAUAACACCUUUGUCGUCUGUCUGGCUGCCUUUAGAUAUUGUGACGAUGGAUUAGGCGAGGAGGUUAUUAGGCCGUGCAGGCUCUUCUGACUAUCAACCUUUGAAGGAGACUGCCCAUCAAAGAGGUAUGGGAGGGAACAAUCGCCUCACUGGUCCUUAUGGUACGGAGUUUUAGGAUCACACAGCAAGCCAAGUUAUAAGAGAAGAGCCAAUGAGCAGACCAGCUGCUAAGUCGGCUGAGACUGCAAGUAAUAAACCGGUCUAUCGCGAGAAGUCCAGAAAGAGCAAAGUAGCCACAAGAAUGCAACGUGACGACAACUGACUGUUAAAGUUGUGCCAACGUUUUUAGAGGUUGCCUUUUUGACGCACUAGACCAAAACGCUUUUUCAUGUCACUACAGUAGUCCCCCUCCCAGGAGAAUAUAGUUCGAAUGUGAAAAAUUGAUGUAUAUUAGACAAGUGUCAUGCAUAUUGUACAAGUUGGUAACGAUCGGGGAAACGGACGCGACGAACGCUGCACGUAGGAGUGGAAUCGGGAGGGGAGGGGGAUGCUCGGGGUUAUCCAGUGGAAGCGGAGGCAGGGAGAUCGAAGAAAUUGUGGCAGGUGAAGAUGGCCGAUCUGUUGGGAUGAACGAAGGAGGGUCGGUAGAGAUUACUUUCAACCAAUCGAUUGAUACCACUUCGGUGCGAUCGCCACGGACGUUUUUGAAAUGCCUUUCCGUUCGCGACAGGAUUCGAAAUGGUCCGUCGUAGGACCACUGUAAUGGCUUAUGAACGCCAACCACGCGGACAAAUAGAAAAGAACAUGUUAGAAAGUUAGGGCCAUUAUAUGACUAACUUGCUUGAACGUGUGGGGGUAUGACCCGGAGAGAAACCAUUGCUUUGAGCGACCAUUGGACAUAAUCGGUUGCGUCCAGAUCGGUAAAGCCUUGGGAUGGCCCGAAAAAAUCAUCGGGACACCGUAGGGCAGUCGCGCAAAAAAGUUCGGCAGUGGAGCACUCCAAGUCUGGUCGAGCCGCUGGUUUUAAAUUCGAAGAUAAGUGAAUGAUAUUAUUUUGAGUGGUUUUUCUGUGAGACCUAACGAUUUUAGUCCCUGUUUUUUGGUUGAAUUUCCUUAAAUACAGGCCUCUUCUCUCAGAACUGCCUGCUGCCAUCUCCUUUUGAGUUCUGCUAGUCUAUGCCUGUUGUUCACUAGUCGCACUCUGCAAUUCUCAUUUUGUGCAUCCGAUUACUCUCUAACUGUUGUAAUUUAUUUUUCCAUCGUUAGCCCCUAGCUGAAAUUCAGUCAUCUUGUCUGCCAGAAGUUUUCUUAAUCGCAACUUGCCUCGAGACAAGAUGAGACCAAAAGUCACUGGUCGAUGUAAGCUCUCGGCUCUUGUAAGUAAGCAUGGCCUAACUAAACGUAAGUCAGAAGCCUUACCUAAAUCUAAGUUAGAUGAUAUUACCAGUCAGUCGUCACCCGCUGUAAUUGGUCGGCAGCUUAAUCUGUCUGCACUUGACCACUGCAAUGACUUUAUGCUAAAGUUUGGUACUUUUCUGACAAUUCUUGGAAAUUUAUUCGACGAGAACAUCUCCGAUAUUCCCUCUGAAGAAUGUAGGCGUCUCGACUCAUUUGUUCACCUGAUCGCCAGUGAAUCUAGUGAUAGACAGAAGCGUUCUUACAACUUUCCGUUAAAAAAUGUUCCUCGAUCUGCUCGGCCAACUGAUGUUGCGACCAAUUUCCUGUAUUCAUGUGGUUUCAACUACAAAAUAGCCGAUGCCAAACGCUUGUCCUCCCGUAGCAAAAAUCCACCCAUCUUAGUCAAAUUAUUUUCAUCAAUCGAGGUUGACACACUCUUUGCCCAUCAAGAGCGUGUCACUGCGUACCUAGAAAAGGCAAAAUUUUUCCUUUGUCAUGAUCUUAUUCCUAUGGAGCGUAGAAUCGGGUCUCUGCUCUCACGUAAACCCACUGCUUCUCAGUCUAAUGCUCCCCAACUCGGUCAUAAUACAAGUGGCCGUAAGGAUUCAGCUUGUCCUACUCCUGCGACAUCUGACUCCCUCCUUCCCCCUUCUCCUACAUCUCCAUCUCACUCAAGCCACUUGACGCAUUUGCCUGCCCCUAAACUUGCAGCAGCAGCAGCAGCAGCAGCAGCAGCAGCAGCAGCAGCAGCAGCAGCAGCAGCAGCAGCAGCAGCAGCAGCAGCAGCAGCAGCAGCCCCAUUUGUCGUUCCGUAUCCUCCUGAUAGUCCCGCUGAGACACAUGGAAAUCCGUCUACAUCAGCUAGACCGAUAA